AUGGCUGCUAAAAGUUUUGCUUCCCGUCUCCGAGGGUCCCGGCGCUUUUUGAGUGGCUUCGUGGCCGGAGCUGUCGCGGGCGCUGCAAGCACUGGGCUCGUGGUCGUGCAGUUCCUCCGGAGUCGGGAUGCUGAGCCAGCGGCGGUGGUGAGGGAGCCGGACGGGUCUUCGGAAAAGGCUGUCUUGGAACAAUUUGGAUUCCCUUUAGCUGGAACAGAGACAAGGUGUUACACUAACCAUGCCUUGUCUUAUGAUCAAUCAAAGCGGGUGCCUAGAUGGGUUCUUGAACAUAUAUCCAAGAGCAAGAUAAUGGGUGCCGCAGACAGAAAACAUUGUAAAUUCAAGCCAGAUCCCAACAUCCCUCCAGCCUUCAGCGCCUUCAACGAGGACUAUAUUGGCAGUGGGUGGUCACGAGGCCACAUGGCUCCAGCAGGAAAUAACAAAUUCUCAACUAAAGCCAUGGCUGAAACCUUUUACCUCUCUAAUAUCGUGCCUCAGAAUUUUGAUAAUAAUGCUGGAUAUUGGAACAGAAUAGAGAUGUACUGUCGAGAACUGACAGAGAGGUUUGAGGAUGUUUGGAUAGUAUCUGGACCGCUGACCUUACCUCAGACUGGAAGUGAUGGGAAGAAAACAGUUAGUUACCAGGUGAUCGGCGAGGACAACGUGGCAGUGCCCUCCCACCUGUACAAGGUGAUCCUGGCACGCAGAAGCGCGGGCUCUGCCGAGCCCCUGGCCCUCGGGGCCUUCGUGGUGCCCAACAAGGCCAUUGGCUUCCAGCCCCAAUUGAGUGAGUUCCAGGUGAGCCUGCAGGACCUGGAGAAGCUGUCGGGACUGGUGUUUUUCCCGCAUCUGGAUAGAACUAGUGACAUCAGCAACAUCUGCUCGGUGGACACCUGUAAGCUCCUGGACUUCCGGGAGUUCACCCUGUACCUGAGCACAAGAAAGGUAGAGGGGGCCCGAUCGGUAGUCAGACUGGAAAAGGUCAUGGAAAAUCUUCGGAACGCGGGCAUCGAGCCCGACGAGUACUUCAUGACUCGCUACAAGAAGAAACUGGAGGAACUCCGAGCUCGGGAGCGGUCAGGCGUCCUGGAGGAGAAGCCCUCCUAGUUCUCCUCUCAGAAGCGUGACGUGGUCUGCAAGGAAGUGGGUGUGGCCUCUUCGGGAUACUGUGUUUUAGCAACUCUGUUCUUAAAAUGGUGGAAUCCUAAAUUUCAGACCAAAUUUCUCCCCCAAAAGUGAAAGAUGUCAAAUUUUUCGGUUGGCGCAGUAUUUGACACGGGAAGUGACUAUAUAAGGAAGCUGUUAGCACCUGCAGAUCACGGGCUGGUCCUGUGUCAGGCUAGAGGAGGGCUGUGUCUGCUGGGUGUGUCCCUUCGGAGGUAUUGGAUGUGAAGGUGUUAUGUUUUCUGUCUCCAAGUCGCACAGGGUCUUUGUAUCUGCUCAGCCUUCUUGGAGCCCAGCAUUAUUUAUAUGUUUUCGUUAACUAAGACGUGAGUUGGUCUAACACCUCUUGAGUUGCUCUAACGCCUCUAUGCAUUAUCCUGACCGCAUGCCUUGUCUAUUUCUUUCUUGUUGCUCCUCUCGUGGACCCGCUGUUUCCCCUCUUCCGUCACGUAGAAGCCCCCAGCGCCUGCAUUUUCUGCUCACUUCGUGGGUGGUGUAUACAAAGCUCAGUGUUUUCCAUGUAUUAUCCUACAACUACCCUCUGAGGGAAAUGGCACUGUCCUCGUUUUACCCAUGAGGAAGCUGAGGCUUGGAGAGCUUAAGUGUUUUGCCCAAAGUUCACCUUCCCAAAGAAGUAAUCCACGAGGAACGAGGCACCCAACAUGGGGUAUGUUGAAGUCGUCUCUGACACAGAGGCUUUUGGCUCAGAAAGACGUUCUUCCGCGGGUGUCUGUGAGCCUGGGGCCCGCUUGGUGAGAGGGUCUGGUUUCUUGCCUGCCAUCCAGCCAAAGAGACUUGAAUGUCCUCCGAGUUGAACCCUCCUUAGAGCUUUGGGAAGAAACAGUCACAGUGAUUGAAUGAGAGAGGUCAGUGCUUUCUGGGGUUUAUCAGAGCCCUACUUGCCUUCAGAAAUGCGGUUCUUCUGUUGACUGGCUGGUGCCAGAUCUUUGUGUGUGUUGCUUUCCAGGUGGGCCUUUUGUAAGAGGUUGAGGAACCUAAGAAGGGUCUGUGCCCGCAGAGUCACUAGCUUCUGACCUGCUCACCUUUGUGCUUGCUUCUCUACAUGGAUGGCAGAGGGCAGGUGGUUGGGCCAAAGACAGCCAGCUCUAGGGGAAGCAGUGGCUGUGUUUCUGGGCCGAGUCUCUAGUUUGGAAUUUACGUGGGAUCCUUUCAUGGGCUGUCAUAAGCGUAGGCAGUAAAAUAUCUUGAAAUAGCAUACAGGCACUUGUCUGACUGUGUCCCAUCACUGCUGUCUUUCCAAGUGGUGUUACCAGAACAGUUUUCGUGGUGUUGAUGUGUUUAUCUCUAGCAGAAAUGCCAAGAUGUUAAGAUAAAGGCAUGAGGGAUUUCCCUGGUGGUUGAGUGGUUAAGGAUCUGCCUGCCAGUGCAGGGGACACGAGCUCAACCCCUGGUCUUGGAAGACGCCACAUGCCUUGGAGCAGCUAGGCCCGUGCACACCACAGCGUGAGCCUGAGUGCCCGGAGCCCGUGCUCUGCAAGGAGAGGCCCCACCGCGAGCAGCCUGCACACGGCAACGAAGAGCAGCCCCCUCACUGCAGCAGAGACUCAGCACAGCCCAAGAUAAAGGAAAAGAUAAAGGUAAGAUGGUCAUGGUAGAUCUUAUUCUGCUUUAUUUGGGUAAAAACGAAAGAAGUUGGGAGGGAAGGUCAGAAUACUCCAGCCUGAUUAAUACUGGCCUCUCUUAACACCCUGUUCCCCAUUAGGUUGUGCCUGUCUUUUUCUUCUCAGGGAGAAAGAGCUAAAGUGUCACCGUGAAACCAAAAAAAAAAUCUGUUACUUUCUCUCCUUAUCGGAGAGGUGUUUCUCCAGGAGCCCGAGGGCAGCUCUGGGGCAGAGGUCCUGCUGCCCGUCUUCAGGGGCGAGCCCCCGUCCGAUGCCCCCUGGGCCCGUCACUGUGCUGUCCUCCCACGGGGAUUUCUGUCAGACGUGGGGUUACUCCCAUGCCAUUCUCGCUUCUGUGUCUUCACCUGGAUGGUAGAGAGUCUUGAUUUUUAGAUCCGUCAAGUGUUCUAACAUGUUUUAGAACGUAAUUAGAAAAUUAGUCAUUAGAAAACGUGUUAGAAAAUGCUACCUGGUUGUUGUGGAAAAUAGAAGUAGCUACUCAUACUAAAUAAAUAUAUAUAAAUGAAAUGUGCU